AGCCAGGAGGCCUCGCAGUUCUGGGACAGCACCUUGUUUGGCAGCACAGCCAAGUAACAGAACAGCACCUUGCUCUGAGCCGCCAAUGCUGUAAGGUCUGGCUUUCCUUCUCUGCUGGGCAGAGCAUAAAUGCACAUAGAUCCAGGAGGGCGGAUUUGCCGUGUGAGGUGAAGCUCUGGCAUGGAAGGACGGACGUGUAGUUCGCAGGGUGGACAAGGGUGUUGCUCGGAAGGGAGGCAGUUCCCUGUCAGCUCUCUAAAGUGGACAGUUUUCAUCCCCGUUGCAUUUUUCACUUUUUCUUGGAAUUGUGGACUCGGUCAUCUUCCAAGGAUGGGGUUUUCCAGUUAACAGAAGUCUGAAGCCCUUCAGCACACGGCCGGAGUUUGGGCUCUUCAUGUGACAGUGUGCACGAUUUCAUGGUUAGUAAAUGGAUAUUUUACUCAACUUGAAGCUUUAUCCUCAAAUGACAAUAGCAGCAGGCUAGCUGGAAAUGCAUUGAUCUCACUUAAGCCAAAGUGUCAGUUAAAGAGAAAGGAGAGGCUUUUCUGUCUUGUUCAAAAGACCACCUCUUUUUUUUCCCCCCAGCCCUCUCCUGUGAAGCUCUCAGUUCCUUGAGCCCUUAGCUGUAAUCCUGAAAUUCAGAUUUCUGGGAGAAAUCGUGCCUGAAUCAGACAGACUUUCUUCUGACAUGUUUACCAGCUGGAAUUGUGGGAACUCUUCUCCUCUGGCUUGGCAGGGAUAGUCCUUAAAAUGGAACGCGUAAGAGGAAAGGAAUGAUUCUGGGCUUCCUUGGCUUUAAAUGUACAGAAUGGAAAAACAAGUUGUGCGAUAAGAAUUCUGUUGGCCUUUGCUGAUCUGUGAUGUAGCUGUCGGUUUGAAACCUAGUUCUCUGACAAUUGAGUUCUGUAUUCUAGGAGCUUUGUUUAAUCUGGUUGAAUUAAAAACUACAAAAGAUUUCGACAUUAUAAUAGGCAGGACCUCAGCAGCGGAGCUGAAGAAGGUAAUGUUAGCAGCUUCUGCACAGCCUCUGCGUUAUGUUUCAGUGAAUUUAGUCGUAAGUGAAUGCUCCCUGUGGGAGCGAAGUAAGCUGUGUGUGGUACUAACUACCCAUUGUGGUGGUGUUUACACGAGCAAAUGCUCUGAGGGAGUAACUGCUCCCUCAAUGCUUGCGCGCUUGCAGACACUCUUUAUCCUUCUGACACGGUUAAAAGAAAAACAGCAUCCAUGAGAAAUCAGCAAGGUGAGAAUAUGCAGCAUUCACAGUUGUUAAAUAGGGACUAUUCCGAGAGCCACAGCUGACCUAAACCUCGAGUCGGCUGCACGGUCCGCCCGUCAUCAACGCUCUGCCGCGAUUCGUACCGAGCUUUCCCGCGCGGCGGCUUGGGGCCCUCACUGCUGCCCGCUGCGCGGUUACGGCAGCGCCCGGUGGUGCGGGGAAGGCGCAACCUGACGCCUCCAUCAUCACGUGGAUGGGGCGUGUAGGGAACCCUGCCCGCCUCCUGCAAAUCUUCGGUGACGUGCGCCGCGAGCAGGCUGCUGCGGUGUGCCGCUGCCUAGCGGGCCCGGCGCUGCUGCGCCGGCCCUGAACCCUGCCGGGAAGAGGCAGCACGGCGCCGGGGCGUCAGCUCACGGGCCUCUCCCCGCAGCCCCGUCCUCCACCUAGGGCGGACGAACGGCCCUCUGCCGCGGCGGAGCGCACAGAGCGGAUCCUGCCGAGUCCGGGAUCGUUAUUUGCGCACCGGCGGCGCUCGGCGGGAGCAGGGCUCGGGCUGACGGCUGCAGCGAGGCCUCCCUUCCCGGCUGCCCCGCGCGGAGCGCCGCCGCCUCACGACCACGUGACGCGUCUCCGGAAGCGCGCGGGCCGGAAGUGACGUUGCCGGAGGUAGUCACGCGCGGGGGCGUAUGGAUUCACGUCUGUGAGGGGUGGCGGGCGCGUUGGUGCCGGAGCGGGAGCGGCGCGACGAGCGCUCAGGUUUCCAAAACCAGAUGGAGAACUUCACUGGUGUCAGUGACCGAGGCAGCUUUCAAGCUUGGGAUGGAGGUGGCGAGCAGGCAGGAUCCCUAUUUACGAGUGGUCGUGCAAACUGCAGUGUGCUGCAGAGCCCUGACACUCCUGCUGCAGGCUGUGUUCAACCUGCUGAUCCCAGAUCAUGCAGCAGAUGCCUUCUCCCCACCUCGUCUGCCUGAGCCUGGCACAUGUGACCUGCUGCUGGAGUGGCUGCUUGGGGGCCUGGCGCACUGGGAUGCGGAGCACUUCCUCUUCAUCGCAGAGCGGGGUUACCUGUAUGAGCACAACUGCGCCUUCUUCCCACUUUACCCGCUGAGCUUGCGAGCUGUGGCUGAUGGGGCUCUGUGGCCCCUGCAGCAGCUGCUGUGUUUGCGGAGCCGCCUGCUGCUGUCGGCCGUCCUCCUUAAUUCUCUCUUUUCCGUGCUGGCAGCUGCUGCCCUGUACAAGCUGGGCUGUGCCGUGCUGCGGUGCCACAGGACAGCCUUCCUUGCUGCCCUUCUCUUUUGUAUCAGCCCUGCCAAUGUGUUUAUGACAGCUGCUUACUCAGAGAGCAUGUUCGCCUUUUUGGCCUUCAGUGCCAUGUGGCAACUGGAAAAGGGGCAGAGCUGGCUCAGCGCGCUGCUCUUCUUCCUUGCCACUGGCGUGCGUGCCAAUGGGCUUGUGAAUGCUGGUUUCUUUCUCUACUCCCGCAGUAAAUCCUUUGCCUUCCAGCUCCAGGUAGGUUCAGGGUCAGUAAGGAAGCUCUCUCUGUUGUGGAGGCAGCUCCUCAGUGUGGCAUCUUCCAUGCUUCUGACGUGUGCUGGGAUUUGUCUGCCUUUUGCUUUAUUUCAGUAUUAUGCCUACAUGAGGUUCUGUGGCCCUGGCCCUGGCCUGGAGCUGGCUGUUCCUGAGCCGCUGCAGCAGCUGGCUUUGGACAAAGGCUAUCGCCUGGUGGCCCACGAUGGGGUUAAACCCCCUUGGUGCUCCCAGCAGUUCCCUGUGGCCUAUUCCUAUAUUCAAGACGUUUACUGGAAUGUGGGCUUUCUGAGGUAUUUUGAGCUCAGACAAGUACCAAAUUUCUUGCUUGCUUUGCCUGUCACGCUUCUGGGCUUGUGGGCUGCCUGGACCUUCAUCACUGCAAACCCCCGGCACUGCCUGACUCUUGGACUAGAGAGAAGAAAGAAGGAACAAGAGGGAAAACCCAGAGCUGCGUUUUGCUGCCCUGCUGUCUUUGUGUACGUGGUCCAUGCUACGGCCCUGCUGGUGCUGGGGUUCUUCUGCAUGCACGUUCAGGUGCUGACCCGGUUCCUCGGCUCCUCCAGCCCCGUGCUGUACUGGUUCUCCGCCCACCUGCUCCAAGGACACGAGGCCCGGCUCUGGAAGGAGGGGGCCGAUGGGCAAAGCGUGGCGCGCGUCCGCGAGAGAUCAGCGCCGGGUGCAGCGCUCGGCUCCUGCGGGAAGGGCCCUGCGGGGCACCCCGUGCUCAGGUUGCUGCUGAGCUACCGCUCGAUGACCCCCGUCGGGCAGUGUGUCCUGGGGUACUUCGUGUCCUACUGGCUGCUGGGCCUGGUGCUGCACUGCAACUGCUUGCCUUGGACAUAACGAGCGGCUGCGGCCGCGGGUUGACGCCGUGGAUGCCUGCAUCUCUCGCCUGCCUGAUGGAAGUGGUCGCCAGGGGGUUCGCGGUGAAGCUCCAGUGCUGCUACAGCUGCAGAACGUCCCGUCUGUCGCGGACCUCUCGCUGCAGCGCCUGCGAUGGCCGC